AUGGCCCCCAAGAAACGUAAAGCUGCAAGCAGAGCCAGUACUCCAGCGAAGAAAGUUCGCAUUGGAGAAACAUCAGACAUUCCUGACAUCUCACCGGUCGGUCGGCCCAGAAGAACCUCUGUCGGUGUACCGCAGUACAAUUUCACCAGACCCAAGUCCUCUGUCGCAAAGCAGACGCCUUCGCAGGCACGAACCUCUGAAGUUGAUGUGAAGCCCAAGAGACGAGGACGUCCACCCAAAAGUAGCCCACCAGUUGCGAGCCCUGAACCUGUGACCACAGAGAACAUAGCUGGACCUGAGCAGAAAAAGAGAGGCCGACCUGCAAAAGGAGCUACCCACGCCAGCACUAAUGGUACUCAACUUGAGCAGAAGAAUAAACCCACUUCAGCUAGUCUCACAGCGGCAGCUCCAAAGACGUCUCUGGUGAAGAAGCAGGGUGCGAGGGUUGGCCGACCGCGAGGUCCUAAAACUGGAGGCACACCCAAGGCAGCCUCUCCUAGCAGCUCAGAGUCUGAAGAGGUACUUGACGGCACUCCCGUCGUUGGAGAUGCUGUCCUUGCCACCGCAACAGUGGAGGAAGACAUUCAAGACGUUGACCAGGACGUUCAAUAUUGGUUGAUGAAGGCUGAGCCAGAAUCUCGCAUCGAGAAGGGUGUUGAUGUCAAGUUCUCCAUUGAUGACCUUGCAGCAAAGACCGAGCCGGAGGGAUGGGAUGGUGUCCGCAAUGCGGUGGCGAGAAACAACAUGCGAGCCAUGCGCAAGGGGGAUUUGGCAUUCUUCUACCAUUCCAACUGUCCCAACCCUGGAAUCGCGGGUGUUAUGCGCAUUGUCGCUGAACAUACCACCGACCAGUCCGCUUUCGAUCCGGCUCACCCUUACUACGACCCCAAGUCUGACGAGGCCAAACCGAAGUGGGAGCUUGUACACGUUGAGUUUGUCAAGAAGUUUGAUAAGUUCAUCUCUUUGAAGGACCUCAAAACCUUCUCACAGCAAGGCGGUGUGCUUGCCAACAUGCAGAUGCUCAAACAAAGUCGGUUGAGUGUCUCGUCGGUUGCGCCUGCUGAGUGGCGAUUCAUCCUUGGCCUAGCUGGAGAAAAGCCUUCUCUCGGUCAUGUCCAGGGCGAGGCGAAGGACGGUUACGAGUCCGACGUCGACGGCGAAGGCGAAGAGACGGCUGCUGAAGGCGUUGGCAACAAGACCUUCGAUACGAGCCUCGAGGGCGAUAUGCAACCCGACCUUUCUUCUCCUGUUAACGGGGCCAAUGGCGCCGCUCAUGAGCACGACGUCAUCACAACAGCGUCCUAA